GGUAGAGUCUCAAAAUGGCCGCUUCUCCUCCAUGUGUUUGGAUGUGACAGAAAGAUCUUUAUUAUUUCGGUCUUCGUUAUUCACUUUUAACAACAUAUAAAUUAUUAUUCAGACCAAAAACCACAAACGUCUUGAUAAUACACUAACUUGUAAAAAUGCCUCACAGAAAGAAGAAAUCCUUCAUCAACAAGAAGAACGCUGUGUCUUUCCACCUGGUUCACAGAAGUCAGAAAGAUCCUCUGGCUGCAGAUGAAACUGCCCCUCAACAUGUCCUCCUGCCCACCGUCAGGGUGGAGUUGGAGAAGAGGAAAGAGGAACAGCGCAACUUUGGCGUGUUUUUUGAUGAUGAUUACGAUUACCUGCAGCACCUGAGAGAGUCGACUCUGACCGCUGAGCUGAUUUCUGCUCCACGUGUCCGCAGAGAUGCACGACUAAAGCCUGCAGAUGAGGAAGAGCACAUGGAGGAAGAGGACGGCAGUUUUUGUGUUGAUGUUUUCAUGCAGGAAGCCUCCAUCAAACUGCCCUCGUCUGUGUUCGCAUCUGAAUUUGAAGAGGAAGUGGGUUUAUUAAACAAAGCAGCUCCUAUUUCAGGGCCGCGGCUGGACAUGGAUCCUGACAUCGUGGCUGCUCUGGAUGAGGACUUUGAUUUUGAUGACCCAGAGAACAUGCUGGAAGACGACUUCAUAAUCAAGGCCAAUGACGUCAUGGGGGGUGGUGGUGGUGAGGAUGAUGAUGAUGAAUGGGAGGACACAGAUGAUGAUGAGGAACAGGAUUAUGAUUCAGAAGCCGGUCUGUCAGAUGACAAGGAGGGUGGAGGGAGAGAGUUCAUGUUUGCUGAUUGCGAGACCAAGACUCGCUUUACAGAGUAUUCACUCACAUCUUCUGUCAUGAGGAGAAAUGAGCAGCUCACACUCUUGGAUGAUCGCUUUGAGGAGUUUUACAAGCAGUUUGAUGUUGAUGAGAUCGGAGCGCUGGAUAAUGCGGAGCUGGAGGGAUACAUUGAGCCGGACAGUGCUCGGCUGGAGGAGGUCAUCAAAGACUACUUCAUACAGAAAGAGAAAGACUGUCAGAAGCCAGAUCAGCUGGGUCCUGCAGAGCUGCCGUCGGUGAGAGAGGAAGACGAGGAGGAUGAAGAUGCAGAUGAAGAAGAGCUGGAGACUGAGAGGAUGGUGAUCGAGCCACCUGCAGAGCGCUGGGACUGUGAGACCAUCAUCAGCACAUACUCCAACCUCUACAACAGGCCCAAACUGAUCCAGGACCCCCCGAAGCCCAAGCAGAUCCGUGUGUCCAGCAAGUCUGGGAUUCCUCUGGACGUCCUGCCGAAACGAGGCCUGACAGUCAAACAGGUGGAGCGGAUGGAGAGGAUAAACGACUCUGAUCUUCCUAGAGUCUCCACACAGCCGCGCUCACGGGACGAGAACACAGAGGAGAGAAAAGCCAGAAAACAGACUAUCAAGAGCGAGAGGAAGGAGAGGAGGACCGAGAAGAAAGCAAACAAACUGGCAUUCAAACAGGAGAAGCAGAUGCAGGAGAAACAGAUGGUUCAUUUAAGAGCAAACGUUCAGGGCAUGAAGCUUUCAUAGAGACUACAGGAACUUAAUGAAGACACUUCUGUUCACAGGACACAAGGGUAACAAUGACAUCACUCACUGUACCUGUCCAGGACUACUAUGUUUCUUGACGCAGUUCUAAAUAACAUUCUCAAACAGUGUUGCCAUGGAAACAUCAGAAUGAAUGGAACCUAUAGAAAUGGUUCCAUUUAUUUGGUUGCACUUCAGUUUGACUCUUUAAUGGUAAACAGACAAACGUUCGCUAUUAGUUUUUGUAUAAUAUAUAAUUAUUAUUCACAUCCUACAGUUUAUUUUGACCAAUUACUAAAAAAAGAGUCAAGUAUAAUUUUUUUACAAAGGUAUCCCACUUUUAUUAAAUCACACUCUUCAAAAAAAACCCUCUCCAGCAUUGGCAGAUUUAUUUAUCAGCUUAGGUCAGACUGUAUGGCUUUAGUUUAUCAACAUCAUGACACCAAUCUGUUAUUCAAAGUUUAUGGAUUUAUACAAUAAAACAUCUUUGACCUGAAAUAACUUCCUGUUAUUGUCAUGGAGUGCACUUGAUGCUACAUAGUGAUCUGCUCGCAUCAUGCUGGAAUUACAGUAGUUAUACGUUUCUGAGACUAAAGUAAACCUGGAUAUGUUUCAUACAAGCUUGAAGAUCAUUUAAAAGCAACAAAGGAUGUUUAAUACAGGAGUUUUCCCUUUUUAUUUGAUGUCAUAGACCACAGAAUAUGAUUAUCUGAUCAUAUGAGGAACUCCUGUCCUAAAAUGUAAAAGACAUUUGUUGUUGUUGUUGU